AUGUUUAGUAGUGCGCUCACAGCGGCCGAUAGAACACGGCACUAAUUUAUAUUUGGAAAGGGGAAGUAACCUGAUUACUCGCAUUUACAUAUUUUCACACAUAUGUAUGUGGAAUAUAUUUUGAAACCUGUGGUGUAAAAAGAAAUUAUUGCUUUUACUUGGAAUCGUGGAAUUGCAAUAAAUUCGCUGUGAAAUAUCAAUAAAACAGUUGCAAAAGUUCUGUGCAAAGCGCAAGUUUUGUGAGUAAUCAGUCGACUGGUUUGUAAUCACACAAUGCGAUUUGCGGUGAUUUUGCUGAUUGUGCUGGUGGCUUGCGGUCUGAGUGCGGAUGUUUUCGCCACCAAACCGCCAAAAUGGGAUGAGACCUACAUCGCCAAGGGCACGCUCUACAUUCCCUAUGCCGAAAUUGCAGAACCCUUUUAUGCCUGGUAUGAUAAACCAACAAAACGUUCCCGCAUCGACUACUACGGCGGCAUGGUGAAGACCUAUCAGCUGGGCAGUGUUAUGCCUUAUGGCGUUUCACUUAAAUUGGCACCGGUGACCACCGAUCGGGAAUUGAAUAAGAUCAAAUGUUUGCAAUUGAAUGGCACCGCUGAGAAUCGUGUAGGAAUUCAAACCAUCCUACCGGACGCUAGAAACUUCACGCUUUUGGGCACGGAAAACUUCCUCGGUUUCACCUGUGACAAAUUCCGACUGGAGGAAGUAAUUGGGCAAAAACGUAAUGUCUAUACUUUGUGGGUGCGCUAUAAGAAAUCACCACACUAUCCAGCCUCACGCCAACCGAUACCGGUGCGCUAUGAGAUGCGUGGCUAUAAUUCACUAUUGGGUUCCCAUUUCGAUCACUACUUCUUGGAUUAUGAUAGCUAUGACCACGACGACAUACCAAAUGAAGUGUUCGAGUUGGAUGAUGACAUGGUUUGCGAACCCUUCCCUGGCCCCGGCAUCGGACACUAUGCCACAUUCAAUAUAAUGCAAGAAUUCGUGCACCCUGCUGUGGAUCACCAUGUCGAACACGCUUUCGAUCACUUCAAGCACAAGCAUGGCAUCAAAUACAAGACCGAUGAUGAACACGAAUACCGCAAGAAUAUCUUCAGACAAAAUUUGCGUUUCAUACACUCGAAGAAUCGUGCACAUUUGAGCUAUACUUUGGCGGUAAAUCAUUUGGCUGACAAAACGGACGAGGAAUUAAGAGCACGCCGCGGCUUCAAAUCAUCGGGCGUUUACAAUACAGGCAAACCAUUCCCAUAUGAUGUUGAAAAGCUGAAAGACAAUCUGCCCGAUCAGUACGAUUGGCGUUUGUAUGGUGCCGUAACGCCUGUUAAGGAUCAAUCCGUCUGUGGUUCCUGCUGGUCAUUCGGCACGGUUGGUCACCUUGAAGGCGCAUAUUUCCUCAAAAAUGGCGGCAAUCUGGUGCAUCUCUCCCAGCAGGCGCUCAUCGAUUGCUCCUGGCAGUAUGGUAAUAAUGGCUGCGAUGGUGGUGAAGACUUCCGCGUCUAUCAGUGGAUGUUGAAAAUGGGUGGUAUACCCACUGAGGAGGAUUAUGGUCCUUAUUUGGGUCAAGAUGGUUUUUGUCAUGUGAAAAAUCUUACGCUCGUUGCGCCAAUUACCGGUUUCGUGAAUGUCACCUCAGGCGAUUCGAAUGCUUUCAAGAUCGCAUUGCUCAAACAUGGACCACUCUCGGUGGCAAUUGAUGCAUCACCACGUACAUUUAGCUUCUAUUCACACGGUGUGUACUAUGAGCCAACAUGUAAGAAUGGUUUGGAUGAGUUGGAUCAUGCGGUGUUGGCUGUGGGCUAUGGUACAAUUAAUGGCGAAGAUUAUUGGUUGGUUAAGAAUUCAUGGUCUACCUAUUGGGGUAAUGAUGGCUACAUUUUAAUGUCGGCACGCAAGAAUAAUUGCGGUGUAAUGACCACGCCCACAUAUGUGGAAAUGUGAGAGGAUACGUAUUCAAGUGUGGGAGGUGAAUAAAUAUAUUCAUAAUUACUAUAUGUACGUACAUAUACACAUAAAAUAUUAUUCUAUUCCUAAACAUAUUUUUAUGUAAAAAUCACAGAAAAAAAAUAAAGUACUUGUUUUUUAAUUAAA